AACUGCUACCACCACCACCACCCUCUUCAAGUCACAAAACACAAACAAUUCCAUCUUCGAUCAAUGGAUUCAGACCAAGAUUUUCAUGUCAAGACCCUGUUCUAUCAAGGAUCAUAUUCUGCCUCACAUGAUGCCAUCAGUUCCAUCAACGAUCCAUCUUUCCAACUCGUUUUAUUUUCGGCGAGAUGUUUGAUCUGUCUCAAGAAACCCGGAGAAGCCAUCAAGUUACUCAAGCAACAUCAUGAUUCAGAACCAGCUGCUCGUGCUCUUACUCUUCUGGCUAAGUUCUAUCAAGAUUCACCCAGCUCAAAAGCCGAAAUUGAUAAGUUUGGUGAAGCGGCAGAAGCUUUGAUUGAAGAGAUCGCAGACGAAGAGAACGAUGGUCCCGACUCGGUGCUUCGUGUGACUCUGGCGACGAUCUUGACGCUCGCUGAAAAUCUCUCACUGGCCAUCUUCAUCCUUAAACAAGGGGUCCAACUCAAGUCACUCGAAGCUGUUGCUGCUCUCAUCUCUCUUUACCUCUCGCCUCGACUCCGUCGUCCCGACCUUGCUCGUAGCCUUUACACUUCUGCAAAGGCAUGGGCCGAUGAUGCAAUCCUCCUCCAAAUGGCCGAAGCCUGGAUUGGUGCGACCACCGGCUCUGCCGCUGGAAACAGUAAUGGAAGGGAGCCCGGCGGUUAUCAAUCUGCGUUCUACGUGUUUGAUGAAGUCACCAAUACAGCCGUUACUAAGCCCAAUCAAGUCAACGUCGUUGGCUUGAAUGGUAAGGCCAUAACACAACUUGCGAUGGGACACGUUGAGGAGGCACAGGCGAAUUUAACGGAAGCUCUCAAGGCGGACCCAGAAAACGAAAACACAUUGGCCAAUUCGAUUGUGAUCAGUGCUCGUUUGGAAUCGCCUCCCUCUGAAAUAGCUACUUCAAUCCAGAAAUUGAAAACCCUCAAUCCCAAGCAUCCGUUGAUUGUCGAUCUAGAUCGACAAAGCGCCCUGUUUGAUGAAGCUGCCAGUCAAUUCGUGGCUUCGACGGCUUGAGGUGCUGAUCUUCUGUAACAAUUCCGAACCUAUCUUCCACAAACAAAACACAUGUCCUUGAACAAACUUCUCUUUGUUCGAUCCUCAUGAGAGCCUGAAGAUUCUUGUUAGAUGCUGCCUGAAACUUUUCCAAUCUUCUGUGCUGUGCUCUGCUGGAACAUGACACUUCAUAUCAAUAAUGUUCAUAGCUUUAUUUUUCAGAUGGCAGGCUUGCUGGUGUACCUGGCUGGGUGCAAUGGUGUAACUGGCUGGGCACAAAGUGCCACCUCCUGCAGGGAGGGACUUGCAUGCUAAAACACCUUUCUUGCAUGAGCAAGAAUUAUGGUUUUGGUGGUGGCAAGUUAUAAAUUUAUUUACCCCACCACUAAUUCUUCAUCACCCAGAUUUAUUUUUUGGUUCUAGUAGAAGAAAGAUCUGUGAGAUCUUGAUUUUCUGAAAUUUUUUGGGUCUUAGCUAACCAACUCCCAAAAAUUGGAUUUCCA